CACACAAAAAUAGCGGGAAAACGUUAAUUUUUAAGGCGAAGUAGGUCGGCACGGGCAUUCUGCGUACAGCCAAAAUCUCAUUGGCUAAUGAAAAAGCGGAAUGAAUACGAUUAAUUAUCGAUAAAUCAGUGCAAACAAGCAUACAAUGAUGCCAAUCAUCGUGUUGAGCCAACUAAAUCUGUUUUUGGAUGAGUUUUGGUAUGUCGCCGCGUCACUCACUGAAUGUCAUUGGAUUUAUAAAUACGAUCAGCUCCAGAAAUAGGUGGCUACAGGUUUUCCAGGCGUACCGACUAAAAUAAAAUAGCCUGGAUUCGGUUAACAAUAAUAUUGUCCGCGCUUACUGCGCGCCCAGUGCUCAUUCAGAUAACAUUUUUAAUUCAGUGAUAAUGGAUGACGAUGAUCUCCAACAGUUUUCUUUGCGAUGGCAUAACCACCAGAGCAGUAUCAUCGGGGCCCUAAGUCGAAUGCUCAAUACUGGGGCCCUGAGCGAUGUCACACUGAACGCAAAUGGAGUAUCGUUGCGGGCUCAUAGGCUUGUUCUAGCCGCUUGUAGUCAAUACUUCGCACAAAUAUUUAAGGAGGUAGACGACACAAACACAGUGGUUGUGAUCGUCGACUGCGAGCCGGCAGACUUGCGGCAAUUGCUGACGUUCAUGUACACGGGCGAAGUGACAGCGGCUCGGAAGCGACUACCCUCACUAUUGAAGUUGGCGCACUCGCUGCAGGUUUCUGGACUAACUGACGCAGAUACUAACCCGACCGAUUUACCAACAGAAAAUGAAUUGAUACAACCCACAAACGAUAUUCCAAUGGACAGCCAGUCACCGCCAAUGAACCUUGAGAAACCCAUUACUGAUUUCACACAGGAAAAGCCAAUUGAAGUACCCCACGAUAUAAAUAAGGAAAUGCAUAAUGAUAUAUUAGUAAAAAAUGACAAAUUAAGUAAAUUAGAUCAAAUUGUUCAAAACCUGUAUAGUUCGCAUAAUAUCGGGAAUUUAGUAACGCCUCCGACGCCAUUGAUACCAAGUUUAACAGAGAGCGCGCAGAGCCGCGAGUGCCCCAAGUGGCGCGGGCCGGGCUCCGUGUGCUCGAUCUGCAACAAGCGGCUGAGCAACCAGUACAACCUGCGCGUGCACAUGGACACGCACGCGGGCCGGCGCCACGCGUGCCGCGCCUGCGACCACGUGUCGCGCUCGCGGGACGCGCUGCGCAAGCACGUGGCCUACCGGCACGCGCACCUCGCCCUCAGGCACACGCCGUGAUCACUAGCCACUAUCCUACUGAUGUCAUAAAUGCGAAAGUUUAUUAGGACGGAUGUAUGUUUGUUACUCUUUCACGUAACCUCCUCUUUUGAAGUCGGUUGACAAAAAUCUGUAAACUAGAUAUAAAAUACAAUUUUUCCAUACCUCGUUAACCUCAAGUUUUCUAUCAAGUUCACCCGUCACCGCCAACGUUGUAAUGUCACUUAUUCUGGGGAAUAAAAAUUAAUACAUACAUAACAUUUUAUAAGUCAUUCGAACCGUUUCCGAAGAAUAUAGCAACAGUGACUUGCCCAUUGAUAUUUAAUUGUGUUAGAGAAUUCAAGUUUUAAUUUAUAAGUAAACUAUUUAGGACAGGACGACAUCGUGAGAAAAGUCUUAUGAUAUAGUACGAAUUUUUUCGUUAGUUCGAUCGGGGCCUCUUCAAGGUUUUAGUCCGUAGCUACUGAUAUGUUAUUGCGCCUCUGUGUAU